AUGAUCAAUACUUCCCUUUGGCCUUUGGAGUGGUGGAAACAGAAACCAAAGAAUCAUGGAGGUGGUUUAUACAACUAUUAAUGGAAGACAUUGGGCAGGACAAAAGAAUUGUGUUCAUCUCAGAUCAGCAAAAGGGACUGGUUGCAGUUUUUGAAGAGUUGUUUGAAAGAAUUGAACAUAGAUUAUGCUUGAGGCACUUGUAUGCGAAUUUUAAGAAGAAGUUUGGUGGAGGAGCAUUGAUAAGAGACUUGAUGAUGGGAGCAGCCAAGGCAACCUACCAACAAGCAUGGACUUUGAAGAUGAAUGAGUUGAAGGCUGUAGAUCCAAAGGCUUGGGCAUGGCUCAUGGCAGUUCCUACAAAGUCUUGGUGUAAGCAUGCAUUUUCAUUCUAUCCUAAGUGUGAUGUGCUUAUGAAUAACAUAGCUGAAUCAUUCAAUGCCACUAUUUUGAAUGCUAGAGAUAAACCUAUAUUGACCAUGUGCGAAUGGAUUAGAAAAUAUCUGAUGAGUAGGUGUAGUAAUUCUACUUUGAAACUAGACAAGUGGCCACACAAAGUGAUGCAUAUUCCCAGGAAAAGAUUGGACAAUGAGGUAGCUAUGACUGGUCACUGGUUGCCAACAUGGGCUAUGGAAGAGAAAUUUCAGGUCACACAUGCCUAUAACAGGCAAGAGUUCAUAGUUGACAUUGCUAAAAAGAAUUGCACAUGUAAUUUUUGGGAUCUGGUAGGUAUUCCAUGUAGACAUGCUGUUGCUGCAUUAGGGUUUAGACAACAGAACCCUGAGGAUUUUGUUGAUGAGUAUUACACUAGAGACAGGUAUGCCAUGUGCUAUGGAUUUUCUAUUAGUCCAAUUAAUGGCAUUGACAUGUGGCCUGAGGUAGAAAGUGAAGAACUUUUACCUCCUAAUUACAAAAAGGGACCUGGAAGGCCUAGGAAGCUAAGGAUAAGGGAAAGUGGAGAAGAGGGUGCUAGAAGAAGGUUACCUGGUGUAUCUUAUAGAUGCACCAGGUGUGACAAGGUGGGCCACAAUGUUAAGACAUGCAAAAGCAAGAGGCAAAAUCAGAGUGCAAUGAAAAGAAAGAAGAAAAUGAGACCAAAUGCUAGUGAAGAAGGUACUAGCAAUGUUGGAAGCCAGUCUGCUCCAAACAAUGAAGAAGGUCAACACAAUACUGGAAGCCAGUCUGCUACAAACAAUGAAGAAGGUCAACACAAUCCUGGAAACCAGUCUGAUACAAACAAUGAAGACACUGAAGAUACCAAGACUGAUUCAUUGUUUGGAGAUGUAACUGAUGACAUGAUAAGCAGCAUACCAGACUUCCAUUCUCAAGCAUCAACAAGCAACAACUACAAGGGCAAGGGAAAGAUGAUUGACAAGCCAAUUGUGAGGAGAAGGGUAUGUGAGAGGAUAAAGGAGAACUGGUUCAAGAAACCAAAACCAUUCACUGGUCCAGGUUCAAACCCUGAGCAACCUAUUUGUAUGGACAUUGCUGAAGAGGAAUCUUCAAAGAUUACUCCAAAAAGGGCAUCCAAGAUUGCUCCAAAAAAGCCAUCCAAGCAUUCUCCAAAGAAGCCAUCAAAGGGUACUCCAAAGAAGACUACUCCAAAGAAGGAAACUCCAACAAAGAAGACUUGAAUUUACCUUAUGUUUAAUUUGAUUAGCCCUUGUUGUUUAUUUUGAGUGGCACAUGUUUGGUGCACUUAUGUAAUGUUAAAGUGUGACAGUUAUUUUGAGUAGCACAUGUUAGGUGCACUUAUGUGCUGCUAAGACAGUUAUUUUGAGUAGCUAAUGUUUGCUAAGACAAUUUUAUUAUGUGUAUUCUGAA